AUGGAGGGAGCCAUCACCGGCGCUGAAGCCAAUAAGGCCUCCGAGGCUACCACGUCGUCCGAGAAAAGCAGCACGCCUGCCACAACCGACACCCUUACUACUACAACAAACAGCCUUAGCAGCCCAUCGAAAGCCAGUAGCAUCCCGGUGAGGAACGAGAGCCAGGAUCAGAGGAGAAAGGUCAGCCUGACCAAGUACGGCAAGAACCGCACAUGGAGAGAUGGGCGGCAACAAAUCAAAUCAAGAGCACCGUCACGACGUGGCAGAUCGAAGUAUAAACUUCCCACAACCGAGUCAAACCCUCCUGUUCUUGACGAGGAUUCUUCAGAGAACGCGAGUCUUGAGAAGAAGGCUGCUGGAUCCGUUAAGACUAGAGCAAAGAAAAGUAAAUCCCCAACUCGCAGCGCCGCGAAGGAAGCCUCCCCGCCUGAAGAGAAGCCUGUGCCAGGCGAGGACCAACCCUCGGAGCCAGAGGAUGCGAAGCCCGGCUACGAUGGGACAAGGAGAUCCAAGCGGUUGAGUUCCUCCGGCGGCGUGAAAAAACCCGGCAGCACCAAAAAGAAAGGGCCGCGAUCAUCGAAGUAA